UCGACACGUUUCGUAUUCUGGUGUGUGGAGGAGACGGCAGCGUCGGAUGGGUUUUAUCAGAGAUAGACGCGCUGACGUUCACAAACAGUGCCAGCUCGGCGUACUUCCUCUGGGAACAGGAAAUGACCUGGCCAGAGUUUUGGGGUGGGGCUCGGCGUGUGAUGAUGACACACAGUUACCGCAGAUUCUGGAGAAACUGGAGAGAGCCAGCACUAAGAUGCUGGACAGAUGGAGUAUUAUGGUAUACGAGACCAAGUUACCACGGCAACACUCCAGCUCCACGGUAACAGAGGACUGCAGCGAGGACUCAGAGGUAACACUGAUGAUAGUUCAUGCUGCUGUGUGAAUAAAUGGCCUUCAUUUGGACAUUUUCUUUAUUGUACGUCAAGUAUUUAUCCUUCACUGUGAAUCAGAUUCCUCUGAAAAACUUAUUAAACAUAAGUAAAAAAAUGAAAAAUUAAAAAAAAGUUUUUGUUAAA